AUGGCCCAUCACAUGAACUCCACACAAGGUUCAUAUUUCAUACUUGGUGCCUACCUUGAUACUGGUACUACAAAAUACUUGUUUUUCUUGAUUCUCAUGUGUUUAUAUUCAUUAAUAAUUAGUGCCAAUAUCUUGCUGAUUGUGGUUAUCUGUGUGAACAGAAGCUUACAUGAGCCUAUGUACAUGUUUCUGUGCAGCCUGUUUGUAAAUGAGCUGUAUGGUAGUACAGGGCUGUUUCCAUUCCUCCUGAUUCAGAUCCUCUCUGAUGUUCACACUGUUUCUGCUCCUCUGUGCUUCCUGCAGAUCUUGUGCUUGUACUCGUAUGUAGGUGUGGAGAUUUUGAGCUUGACUGCCAUGUCCUAUGACAGAUAUCUUGCCAUCUGCUGUCCUCUGCAGUAUAACACACAAAUGACAUCCACCAUGGUGUUUGUGCUCAUUGCUGUAUCAUGGAUCUACCCUAUAUUGCUGGUUUCUGUGACAGUAUCUCUGAGCUCACCUCUGCAGCUGUGUGGGAACAUCAUUUACAAAGUGUACUGUGAUAACUUUGCCAUUGUUAAACUGGCCUGUUCUGACACCACCGUCAAUAACAUCUAUGGACUGAUCAGCACAGCGUUCAGCAUUUUUGUUCCACUGAUUUUAAUCUGUUUCACCUACAUGAGGAUCCUGAAAGUGUGUUUUUCUGGUUCCAAACAGACCCAACAGAAAGCCAUCAGUACCUGCACACCUCACCUUGCUUCUCUCAUCAACUUCUCUUUCAGUGCUUGCUUUGAAGUCCUACAAAGUAGAUUUAAUAUGAACAAUUUACCAAAUGUACUGCGCAUUUUGAUAUCACUGUACUGGUUUAUAUGCCCGCCACUCUUUAACCCUGUGCUCUAUGGGCUGAAAAUGUCCAAAAUUCGUGACAUAUGUAAAAGUUUGCUCUAUUCGAAAGUUUAG